CCCAUCUGGGACGCACCCUUCUCACAUUUGAUUCACAUUGGCUUAAGGCGCCUGUCACAUGGCUCACUUAGCCAAGAGAAUCGGUGCAAGCGCCAAACGCAGCUGGGCUGUCAUUCGGUCACUCACCUCCUGCCUAAUAUUCUCAGAUACCCUCUACGUCAAUCCUCUGCCUCUUCUCACAUCUGCCGGCGACUCUUCUUCACUGCUCGCCAUGCAACUUGUCCUGCCGCCGCCUCCCACGCAUUUCCUUUCUUUCUGGCUGCCCGAGGCACCGCGCAUAAUCUGAGCCGACCCCACAACACCGCCUGCCGCCCCAUCCCUGCACCGCCAACACCGACGUAUACAAAUAGAUUUGGCGUAAUACAGCGACAUGUCCAAUAGUCUAGAAGCGAAGAUCGUGGUCCUCGGCAGCCAAGGAGUUGGAAAAACUUCUCUCGUUCACCGAUACGUAAAGAACGCUUUUACGCCUCCCACGACACAGUCCACCGUGGGUGCUUCCUUCUUGACAAAGAGGGUUGUGGAUAUCGACACCUCGACCGUGGUUCGGUUACAGAUAUGGGAUACCGCAGGCCAGGAGCGCUUCCGGUCCAUAUCCAAGCUAUAUUAUAGGGGUGCAAAUGCUGCAGUACUAUGUUACGACAUCACCGAUCCUUAUUCGUUCGAAGAGAUGGGCCGCUGGUUCAAGGAACUCAAGACGAACCUCGGAGAGGACGUGAUCCUCCAUGUUGUAGGAACAAAGUCAGACGUCGUAGCCGAAGACCCUACCAAGCGAAAAGUGCCCUUUGAGCGCUGCAUCGAAUAUGUCGCCGAGAACCUCCACUCCACACAGAACGGACAACCACACAGUGCUGCAGCAAGCGGUUGGGGCUCUGUACCGGCAGCCCUCCACAGCGGUAUGGCUUCGCCACAGAGCAACCGAUCGAGCGGCUUCUGGGGACAAGACUUGGGCUGGGAUUGCUGUCACGAGAUCAGCGCCAAAGAUGGCGAGGGUGUAGACGAGGUCUUCCGCGUCAUCACCCGCAAGCUGGUGGAACAGCAGCAGAAGAAGCUCGAGGAAGAACAACGGCAGUACGCCAUGGCUGGUGUCACCCCCGCUAUGGACAACAACGGCAAUGUGGCUGGAUACUUCGACUACCCUGGAACGGGUAACGGAAGCUUCCGCCUAGGCACAGGUGACAAAAGGCGGAGCUGGCUGGGCUUCCCUACUACACCCAACGUCGCUGGACACCAGCAAGAUUGGGAAGAAGACAUCAACCGGGCGCAGAAGAGCAAGAGUGGCAGGUGUUGUUAACAUCUGCCCCAAUUUGGCUCUUCGUCAUAUGUGUACGCUUGUUCGUACCUUCCGUCAUCAUAUUUCUUUCUCAGCGGGACAUUAUCACGACUAGAUUCGUUAGAGGAUAUCCGCUUGCGUUUUUCUUUCUCUUUUCCUACGACUCUUGUCUCACGGCCAUGCAUACUGUCGUUCCUCGAUUACAUCUCGGAGGCUUAAUUUGUUGUUUCCUGUCUGUCUUUUGCAGCGAAGCGUUCGAGCGUGUUGUUGUGUAUUGCAUUUACAGCGGUUAUGGGCGCAUUUCCUUCACAUUCUCUCACUUUUCAUCUAACGACAAGCUCAACACAUUUUACACGAGCGUCACCGAAAUACAACACGAAUAGUACUGCGUCACUCUCAUGUUCACGCUAUGUGUGCAUAAACGUUUAUUGUUCUUCCACUUCAUGAAGAAUUCGAAACUACGUUACUACU